GUGGGACCUAGCCGACAAGAUGCCCCAGGGGUGUGGAUGACCUGAUGCCCAGCUUCCCGCACAGCUCAGCCCCGCAUGCCGCCACCUCGCUAGGAACAGGACCCCUCCCGAAGGGGCUGCCUGGGGUCCUUCCCCGCACACACCACCACCAGCGCGCGCACUCUCCAGACCCUGAGCCUGGGCCUCGCGCAGGGGAGGUGCAGGAGUGAGUUUCCUGCGCCCUUGGAGCAAGCAAGCCGUGGACCGUGGGUGCGGGGACCGCUCGGCCGGUAGGAAAUAUUCUCCCCAAGCACUUCAGCAAAAUGACCAGCCUGUUCCGCCGGAGCAGCAGCGGUGGCGGGAGCGGUGGGAGCGGGGCCGCCGGGGCGCGGGGCCCCGGGACUGGGGCUGGGGCCGGAGGAGGCAGCGCUGCCGCCCCGCAGGAGCUCAACAAUAGCCGGCCAGCUCGCCAGGUGCGGCGUCUGGAGUUCAACCAGGCCAUGGACGACUUCAAGACCAUGUUCCCUAACAUGGAUUACGACAUCAUCGAGUGCGUCCUCCGUGCCAACAGCGGCGCCGUGGACGCCACUAUCGACCAGCUGUUGCAGAUGAACCUGGAGGCAGGGGCAGGCAGCCCCUACGAGGACAGCUCGGACUCGGAAGACAGCAUCCCUCCCGAGAUCUUGGAAAGGACUCUGGAGCCGGGUAGCUCUGACGAAGAGCCGCCGCCUGUGUACUCCCCGCCUGCCUACCACAUGCACAUGCUCGACAGGCCUUACCCGCUGGCUCCCCCAACCCCACCUCCUCGGAUUGAUGUUCUGAGCUCAGGACCCCCUACAAGCCAGAGGCGCUACCGGAACUGGAACCCACCGCUACUGGGCAAGCUCCCUGAUGACUUCCUGCGUAUUCUGCCCCAGCAGCUGGACAGCAUGCAGGGUAACCCUGUGAGUGGAGAGGGAAGCAUACCUCCUGUCCCCGCACCGAUGGCUAGCGACCAGGACAGCCGCUGGAAGCAGUACUUGGAGGACGAGAGGAUUGCGCUUUUCCUGCAGAAUGAGGAGUUCAUGAAGGAACUACAGCGCAACCGGGACUUCCUCCUUGCACUGGAGAGAGAUCGCUUGAAGUAUGAGUCCCAGAAAUCCAAAUCUAGCAGUGUGGCUGUUGGAAAUGACUUUGGCUUUCCCUCUUCGGUCCAAGGAACCAGUGAUCCCAACCCUGCUGUGUCUGAAGAUGCCUUAUUCAGGGACAAGUUGAAACAUAUGGGAAAAUCCACCCGGAGGAAGCUGUUUGAAUUGGCCCGGGCCUUCUCGGAGAAGACCAAAAUGAGGAAGUCAAAGAGGAGACACUUGCCAAAGCAUCCGUUGCUGGGGGCUGCUGCGUCAACGGCCAACCUCCUGGAUGACGUUGAGGGCCAUGCUUGUGAUGAAGACUUCCGAGGAAGGCGGCAAGAGAUGUCCAAGGUGGAAGAGGCCCUACGGGAAGGACAGUAGAGGUGUCAGCAGCUCUGCCUCGCCAGAGAUGUUCUGACCCGGUGAGGGCUGCCAGACAGCAACACCGGCACCCAGCUGAAGGGCCCAGCUGCAGCCGGACAGAUGGUGCUUGCAUACCAAGGCCCAGGGCUCUCCGGCCACAGUCCAGCUCAGCCACUGCCAUUUACUGCGGGACUUAGAGCUUCGAGUUGCCAUCCUGAGAUUGGAAGAGGGACCUGGGGCCCCAAAAGCAGCAGCCAGUCACAGCCCCCUUUUAUAGCCAGGCUUUUCUGUGGGCAAUGAACAGAAAUACAGGAACCAUCCCUUCCCUGCUUUAAAG